CCGGCCGCGCUCGCCCCAGCCCUGCCCUGCGGCCCCCGCGCGCCGCCCGCGCCCAGGUCUCCCGGGGGCGCUCCGGAGGCGGCGGCUGCCCUCACGCCCGCCCCCGACGGACCGGGGCGCCCGGCUGCAGGCCCUUGCCUUCCUCGCCUCCCCGAGUUAAAGUUGGGAGGGCGCGCCCCGAAUGUCCGCGUCCGAGUCUUUCUAAGAAAAGUGGUGGAGAGUUGGGGAGAAUCCAGAGGACAUAUCGUAACCGUUUCCUCCUUUACCUCCGAACUGCCAAGGCUGCAGGGAAGGGACGGGCCCUGCCUCGGCCUGGGCUCCCGGUGAAGCGAGCUCAGAGGUUGCCGGGGCCGCCACAGGUUGGGGCUCAGCUACAUUUCCAGAACCAUCCGGUCAAGAUGGUAGACACAGAAAGCCCGAUUUGCCCCCUCUCCCCCCUUGAGGCUGAUGACCUGGAAAGCCCGUUAUCUGAAGAAUUUCUACAAGAAAUGGGAAACAUCCAAGAGAUUUCUCAGUCCAUUGGUGAGGAUAGUUCUGGAAGUUUUAGUUUUACAGAAUACCAGUAUUUAGGAAGUGGCCCGGGAUCAGAUGGAUCUGUUAUCACAGACACGCUUUCACCAGCUCCCAGCCCCUCGUCGGUCACGCACCCAGCGGCUCCCGGUGGUGCCGAGGAACCUUCCAGCGUAGCCUUGAACAUUGAAUGCAGAAUCUGCGGGGACAGAGCCUCGGGCUACCAUUACGGAGUCCACGCGUGUGAAGGCUGCAAGGGUUUCUUCCGGCGAACCAUCCGGCUGAAGCUGGCCUAUGACAAAUGUGACCGCAGCUGCAAAAUUCAGAAAAAGAACCGGAAUAAGUGCCAAUAUUGUCGUUUCCACAAGUGCCUUUCGGUCGGGAUGUCCCAUAAUGCCAUCCGCUUUGGAAGAAUGCCACGAUCAGAAAAAGCAAAACUGAAAGCGGAAAUUCUCACCUGUGAACAGGACCCAGAAGACGCAGAGACAGCAGAUCUCAAGUCCCUGGCCAAGAGAAUUUACGAGGCCUACCUCAAGAACUUCAACAUGAACAAAGUCAAAGCCCGGGUCAUCCUCGCAGGGAAGGCCAACAACAACCCGCCCUUUGUCAUACAUGACAUGGAGACGUUGUGCAUGGCCGAGAAGACUCUGGUGGCCAAGCUGGUGGCCAAUGGCAUCCAGAACAAGGAGGCAGAGGUGCGCAUCUUCCACUGCUGCCAGUGCACAUCUGUGGAGACCGUCACGGAGCUCACGGAGUUCGCCAAGUCCAUCCCUGGCUUCGCGAACUUGGACUUGAAUGAUCAGGUCACUCUACUGAAAUACGGAGUGUAUGAGGCCAUAUUUGCGAUGCUGUCUUCUGUGAUGAAUAAAGAUGGGAUGCUGGUAGCCUAUGGAAAUGGCUUUAUAACUCGUGAGUUCCUAAAGAGCCUAAGGAAACCGUUCUGUGAUAUCAUGGAACCAAAGUUUGAUUUUGCGAUGAAGUUCAAUGCACUGGAGCUAGAUGACAGCGACAUCUCCCUUUUUGUGGCUGCUAUCAUUUGCUGUGGAGAUCGCCCCGGCCUUCUAAACGUGGGACACAUUGAAAAAAUGCAGGAGGGCAUUGUGCACGUGCUCAAACUUCACCUGCAGACCAACCACCCGGACAACAUCUUUCUCUUCCCAAAACUCCUUCAAAAAAUGGCAGACCUCCGGCAGCUGGUCACCGAGCACGCACAGCUGGUGCAGGUCAUCAAAAAGACGGAGUCGGACGCAGCCCUGCACCCCCUGCUGCAGGAAAUCUACAGGGACAUGUACUGACAGCUUGAGAGCCAACCGCACGACAAGCAGCUCUUCGAGGACUUUUAAAGUCGACAGCACUACAAAUGAAAACUGGGAGCAAUGCCUGCUUUGCACAAAUUCCACCAUUUUCACCUUAGAGAAUGGGACGGAUGAGUCCUAGGUAACCGGAACCCUAGACCACAUUUCUUUCUUUUUCACACCAGUACUUGUAAGAGCGUGCCAAGUGUCGAAACGCCGGUGACAGGUAGCUGAUAGGCAGUUCUUGGAAAAUUAAGGGGAAUGAUGCCCAGCGGUCUGAUUUUAACUCACUUGAUGUUAAUCCAUGCAGAUUUCUUUAUAUCACAUUAGCCGUGUAGCCUUGAAUUAACUGGUGACCUUGAAAUACGUGGUCUGUCUUCUCUUUCUGCCCCCUGUUGACUCUUGCGCUCCUUUGUAUCGUUUUGGAAACUAAUCAGCACUUUUUAACUUUUAUAAUCCUGUAAAUCUAGAUGAAUCCAAAGGUUAGGUUAUUUUUUAAAAGCAGCAAAAUAUUUAUUGGGGAGACUUUAAUUCUGUUUCCUGAAUUUGAAGAAAGACAACAUGCUGUUUCUUAAUCAGAGGAUUUGAAAUUUCCAAGGAUUAUUUGAUAAGCUAUCCAAAUGCAACAGUCGGUCGGUUUUCACUGUGUUGGGGGUUGUGACUUAAUAGGCAGGAGGGCCUGUUUCUAGGUUUGUCUAGAAGAUCCCAGAAAACUGAGUCUCAAGACUCCCCCCCGGACUUGACGCUCUGCUUGUUUUCUCCAGCUGGUGUCUGUGGUCCCGUGGUCAGCAGGAACAAGACAAACGGAGACUAUGUCAGCUCUCCGACCCUCUGACCUCUGUCUCCUAUCAAAUCUGAACCAACCGAGUCAGGUUGUUUGGGGGCCAUGAUAGUGUUUUCUUGGGGGGGGGGGCAAACCGACAGGUUGGUUGCCAACGUGUCUUUGGGCCCCGUGUGUCAAGGCAGCUCCUUGGUCUUUUCCUGUGUUGCUUUUUAAAAUACGCAGCUUUAUUUUUUUAACCCUCGGUGGUGGUAGCUGCUCCUGGGAGUGUAAAAGAUGAGGCACACGGGCCUUUAUAGUGUGGGCCCGGGGGCAGGGGGACCAUGUGGAGAAUGAGAAGGGCAGGCAUAGAAUCCCUUCAUGUGACAGUUUUCCAAUUACGUGUGGAAGGUGGUUUUCCCAACAUCUGAAAUAUUUGCUUCAGCCUUAAAGAUCAUUUCUUAACCUGGGUCUGGUUACAAAAGCAGUGCUGAUGGUGGUGAUCAUCCAGACUCUUUCUGUCCACCAUGGUAGGUACAUGUCCUGUCAGAGGAGGUGCAGCAGCCCCACCCUCCAGGCUGGGCCGACCGGGGUCCCUGAAGCACAGGGGUGGGGGUCUCAGGCCACCUGCCUCUGACCCCCUGCCUCGCAGCAGCUCUUAGGACCUGACCCCACAGGGCGCUGCCCCCUCCGUCUCUAAAAAACUUGACUCUGUAAUGUUGCUGUGAUUUGCUCUUGAAGAAUGACUAGGGUUGAAAUCGAUAAAGUUCCCAAGAUCAGCGUCACGGAAAUGCAACGGGACAGAGAACAGUAAAACAGUGGGCCUUCACCUCGGAAAGGCGAAUGUGACCACAGGCACAUCCUUUUCAAAAUUAAACCUUACUGGUAGUUUUCAUUCUUUGUUGCAUGAUCCAGUCAGAGGAUCUGUUGGAAGCAAACAGAAGUAUUUCCACACGUGAACAACAGCAGUCAAGAGGUCAACCAAGGUCAGAGGGAGGGCACACGUGUGUCAGUGUUCUUCUGAUCUCCUGGGCUGGUGAGCCUGGAGGGCCGUGGCUCGACCUGCACCAGGUCUGUGUCCCGUCCAUGCCACCACUGGCCUGUCUCUCCUCACAUGGCCCCAGACAGUUGCCAUGCACAGAUGUGGCCUCAGAAGGUGAUCCUCGAGACCCAGGCUCCAGACUCACUCUGUCUCUGUUUUCGUAAAACUUAUUUUUAAAAGUUCCUUAUUUCAUGCGUUCUGCGGGGACAGCCAGACUGCGGAAGGCCCAGGUUCUGCAUUCCGAGUGUUAGUGAGCAUUUGGCUCUCCUGGGGCCCAGUGAGGCCCCCGGCCAGGUUCCUGGUGAGGCCACGAGGGAGGCUGCAGAGACCUCAGCUCGAAAGUCACUUGAGUUGGUUCACUUUUAUGGAUAAGUACAAAAAUCACAGAUUCCCAUUCAUUUUAAAUAAUAGUCACUGUUUGCCACACAGAAUAUCUGGGCCACCUAAACAAAGAUUUCUCAGGCCACCGACAGUCAGAUAUGGACGAACUAUUCACCAGUUGAAAAUACCAUAGCAUUUCCAGGAGGGACCCGUUAAAGCGCCCCUCUUGCCUGCUGGGUUUCAGUAGAUGUCAGCAUAGAGUGCAGUAGAUACAGCAGAACAGGUUCAAGAAGCCUCAGACCGGAGCAUGGAGCCCCUCCUUUGCUGGGGAACUCAGCACACGGGGCAGCCCCCUCAUCACCACCUUGACGCUCUUCCAACAAGUCCCUGUUUGUAGCCACCAAGUGCCAAACGCCUGCGAGACCCCAAAAUUACCAACAGCCUUUGUCUGCAAGGGCUGACAAGGACAAAUCCAGGGAGCCGGCCGGCCCUCUCCCUCCCCAUCCCUCAGCCUCCCUCCUCCUCUUCCUCCCCUCCUCCUCCUGGGCCUUUCCAGUCGGGUGUCCCACACUCGGAAUUUUGGCCCUGCCACCCUGAGGGCUGCCCAUGCUGGUGGCCGCUUUGGUGAAGCCCAGCAUCGACAAAACCAGGAUGCUCGCAACUGCAUCAGCGCGAGCGGGAGGCAGGAGCACUUUGGGUAUCACCGCAGUGCCAGUCACCUGCUCCUCUCUUCCCGCCUUGCUCUCAGCUUCCCCCGUGGCCUUCCUGUCACUCGUGGAUAAGAUGCCUCUAAAGCACCUAAAGAGUAGGUGUACGUGUGUCAGUAAGAAUGUGAGGUCCAGGAGGAGAAUCCGGUGCACGGUGCCUUCGGGUACCCGUGGGAGGGCUGCCCCUCUUUCAGAGGGACUUUCUUCCUUUUAAGAGUGAGAAUGUCUCUCUCUCCAUUGCGGAUGCAUUUCCUACACUGGGCUGCGUGAAGCUCCGAGGAAACGAGCGGCCUCCAGGAUCGUGCGGUGGUUCCGGAGACAAGGCAGCAUCCUAGGAUCCAAGCAGAAGCUCCAAGCACAAGUAAACUUCUUUGUUCAAUGUAUGAUGAUAAGUAAGCUAAUAAUUUUGCAACUACUGUUUCCCCAAAUCUCCAGCAUAACAGCUACCUCAGUAAGAUACAUCGAAAGGCACAGCUAAAAUUAAGGUGCGUGGAACACUCGGGGUCCUUUUGGAGCGUCUCUGGUCCGAUCAUUUAUGGUUAAGAUUCAGAAGCUACACACCUUUGCCUGGUUACACGCCGUAGUUCUUCUUAGAGGCACUUUCGUUGUUUCAAGGGAGCCUCAAAGAUAACGCAUGUUGCGGGAGUUGCAUUCCAGCAUGACCGAGGUCUCGGAGAAGUGGAGCGGCCACCGCCUGCAGUGACCCACGUGUGGAGGGCCUCCCCUGCCCUUCAGCUGGCUCCCUAAGCCUGUUCGUAGAGGGACCCCAGCCAGAAGAGGCUGGAAGGAGAUGCCUCCGGGCACACGUGGCCGGGCCGUGACUCUUCCAAGGGCUCCCUACCAGUAGAUACACCUGUGCCCCCAUGCUGCCUCCAGGCACUUUGCUUCAUGCCCCCCCCCCCUUCUUCAAACCCCAGUGGUGCCAAGCACAUUUGAUACCUAACUGCUGGACACAGGAUGGAGGGUUUUUUGUCUUGACCCGGCGGCCACACCUGUCUCUGGAAUGUCUUGCAAACUCAUGUGUCAAGAGGGUGAAGGUGUCCGUCAACCCCCCACCGCAGGUGUCUCCGGAAGGCUCCCUUGCUUAGAGAGCCUUCCUUUGAAGUUCUCGGCAGUGGCGUCCACUCAGGAUGGCGAGGACAUUCUGCUGUCCGUGGAAGUCACAAAUUGAGACCGCUGCCACCAGCUGAGGGCUUCCUGGGUUUUCCCCACAUAUAAAGUCUUUAUGGUGUUGGCGCUGCCAGGCACUGGGCGGCUCCAAAGCCAGGCUCUCUGUACUUGCUCUGCUCCUGUGAAAGUGGCCUAGCUUCUCUUAACUCCUGGUCCAAGCUGAUUUAUAGGGUUCCCCUGGGAUGAAGGAUUCUUGCCAGGCUCCGAAGGUGGAGGUCGACGGUUUUGCUGGGAUAUAUAUAGUUAUAUAUUUAGGUGCCAUUUUAAUAGAAUUCAGGGAAAUGAUCCUUGACCCCCACAGCCUGUAAAAUGCACCAGAGUAAGAAGAAUGGCAGUGACUUUCCGUCUGACUCAGGAUAUAGGAGAUCCACUACAUUUCUCUGGAAACCACAAUGCAAACUAGAGGUGGUAUUGGAAGUUUUAUAUGGGAAAAAAAAAAAAGUGAAUCAUCACGCAUUAAACGAAUUACGGAAUUCCAUCCAUUUUGCUGGUUUUGUGGCGUGCAGGGAGUGUCUUCAGUCUCCGCGGAGGGGGCUGAGGCCCCUAAGAGCAGCGGGAGUGGCCCAUGCAUUAGGACAGUGAGGGACAGGCUGGAGGCCAGCGUGCGUUGCCCGGGCCGCCUCCUAGGGCCUGCGGGGGGCUCUCAGCUCGCCAUCUGCUUCUCGACAUUUCAGUCUGAGACACAGACGAUGUCAACGAUGACAACCCCACCUCUCGGAAACCGGGGGUUGGGGAGGUGACCAUACAGUGCGGCCCAGCUGAAGCUCAAACAGCCACAUCCUUUUGGAGUUCUUUGCCAAAUGGAACAGACCAAACUGCAUCCAUGUUCGGGGUCACAUCUUGAUGGAAGGAGUGGAGAAGGUCAAGGACUCUAAUGGCCUGUAGCUGUUCAAUGCACUAUUUGCAUUUAAAAAAAAAAAAACUAAGAAACUGUUUUUUCUUUUUUCUUUUUGUUUUUCUUUUCUUUCUUUCUUUCUUUCUUUUUUUUUUUAACACAUCAGAGAUAGGGUUAAGACUUUGGAUCAGGUUUUUUUCAUUUAAAAUGUUUGCUAAUUCGGGUCAAAUGUGAAGAACAUCCCCAAGUGCUUCUCCAGAGAAGGGAAUGUACUAGCCUCCUCCGCCCUCCCCCUUCUCCCCAUACUCAGCCUCUGAACUUGGCUGAUUCGACGAACUGCAGCAUCCAGCAGACCCAUGUGCAGACCUGCCCUCCCCGUGAGCUUAGAUGUGAGGGUUCCUGGCCCCAAGGGGGUCCUCUGGCCUCAGCAUGGCCCGUGCAAGGCAAGGAGGGGGGGAUCAAGCUUCAAGCCCUGAAGACCAGUGAGUGAUCAACCCUUCCAAAGUAAGAAAUCAUUCACUUUUGGAAAACCAUCUUUUAAAAAGCACCGACGGUCUGUUCCUUUUUUUCUUAAAAACAAACAAACAAAAUGUACCUCACAAUACGUGAAUACCACUCGGUACCCUUCUCAGUAAGAUCACAGUAUUUGUAUUUGAGUGUCAUUUUCCUACACUGUGCGGUGAAAAGAACCAUGUUGAUCGCUGUAUCUUAAAUACUGUGAUUCAAGUUCAAGAAAAAUUUUAGUAUAAAUAUUUUACUAACUUAUAAUCACGCAUCUAAUAACUAAGGUUUGGGUUCUUUUGAAAUCAGUUGACAUAUACUCUUAGUAGCCUGGCUCUUGGAACCUACUGGAAACACGAAGGACGCUGGGCUAGAACAGCCGACGUGCAGUGGCACACGUGUGUGCACACGGGCACACACGCGCACACAGACAUGGCUUUUCAUCUCUCCCGAGCCACACAGAAUUUAUUUCCGUGUGUAAAUCUGUCCCCUUCAUCAGGCGUCACACGCGGGAAGCACAAGCAAGCCUGUUGCACCGUCCCCCGCACCCCCUCAAAGCCGGGAGGCCGGAGCCCCGGGUCUGAAGUCAUGCAGUGCUCGCGCAACGUCCUGAAGACCCAAACUCUUCCCGGGUGGUGAGCCGCCGUCUGCGCUUCAGGGAAUUGUCACCUGUGGGUUAUUACCAAAGAACUCGGGCAAUCCAAAACCUUCUGACAGGGUAUUUGCACGUCGGGCUCUCUGCAGCCCCUGGACGGCACCCCCCGCCCCCCCCCCCCGAAGCACACAAUGGAAACCACAGGCCCCACCAGGCUCCCUCGGCUCGUUUGUAGUAUCCUGGCGGAAUGUGUUCUUGGGGUCCCCGUGUGCCACCCCUGGGGUCCCCAAGGCCGAGGGGAGGGCCAACACGUGUCAGAACAUCCAACGCGUGCAGGUUUCAAAGGCAAGAUCUUGGUGUGUCCCUCAUUACCACUUAGGUGCCUUAUACUCAGAUGACAGACCCCUCGUCUUCAUGCUAAACGGGGGCAGCUCCAGAGAGAUCCUUUAGGGCGGGUUCUGGUGUCUCAGUUGGGGUCGGGGGUCUGGGCGGGGCCUCUGGGGCCUCAGGGAGCAGGGGUGGGCUCAGAAGAACAAAUGCAACAACGUCCCGAGUCACGUUAACCAAUAGCGAUUCCGAGCAAUUAGAGGACUAGGACUUUAAUUUCAAGAAAUCUUCGGUCUUAUUCUGUUUCCUGCUAGGAGGUUGAACUGAUCACAUCUGUUGAUCCAAGUCCUGAGUUGAUGGGAAUGUACGUGUCUGGAAUGUCCUGCUGUAAGACUGAUGAAUGUAAGGAGUUAAUUUCAGGGUACAGUGUUGCCUUAAUGGUUUUAAAAAAUAAAACUAUUUUUUAAAAUCA